AUGGCUCCAGAAAAUUCUUCUUCCUCUUCUACUCAAACCGACAUGAAUCAAUCUUCUCUUGGCUUCCCCAUCCCCUCUCCAACAAUUUCCAAUAUCAAAGGUUUUGUUCCUAUCGAAUUGACAUAUGUCAAUUACCUCACCUGGAAGAGAGUUUUUCUCACAGUCCUUAAAAGUCACAACCUUCUUUCCUUAGUAGAUGGAACCAUACCAUGUCCAUCACCAGACCACGCUGAUUACAAGCUAUGGAUUCAAUGCGAUACUAUUGCAUUAAGUUGGAUUAAUGCAACACUUUCUUCUAUUGUUCUUGACACACUUUUGAACUAUGCUUGUGAGACAUCUAAACAGGCUUGGGACACCCUCGCAUCACUGUAUUUGGAUCAAGUCUCUUCCUCAUCCAUUCACCUUAAGUCGAAAUUCCAAAAUUUCAAGAAAGGUCCCCUUUCUAUGGAAGAUUAUCUCCAGCAACUUCACUCUAUUGCCUGCUCUCUCAGGGCAAUUGGUAAACCUCUGACUGAUGAUGAUUUAGUCACUCAAGCUUUGCAAGGAUUGCCUUCAUCUUAUCGUACCUUUGUGUCUGGAUUAAAUGCUACUGGCUCACUUCCUUCUUUCAUUGCAUUACGACCACCACUUCUCACUGAAGAAGCUCAUAUUAAUGCAAAUGCUUCUGAAGAGUCAAAUGCUCAAACUCCGUUGCUUGCGUCAACUCAAGCGAAGACCACUUCUAAUUCAUCAUCUUCCUUCAAUGGAAAUCAGCCUACAAAAGGAUACUUCCAUGGACGAGGUCGUGGCAAAAAUAACAAGGGACAAUAUGGUAGGGGUCGAGGAUACCACAACUCUUCAUGGUCUGGUUUCCAACCUCAAUCUCGGCCUCCUUCCCCUGCUACUGGUAUUUUGGGUAGACCACCUUUCAUUCCUACUAAACAAUGUCAAAUUUGUUUUCAUUAUAACCACACUGCGUUGGAGUGCAGAAACAGGUUCAACCAUUCCUUUGUGGCUAACAAUAUUCCUAAACCAUUUGCUGCAAUGAAUUUGGAGGAGGUUCAACCAACAGUUUGGUACCCAGACUCUGGGGCAUCUGCGCACAUGACAAAUGAUCCUUCUACUCUUACUUCUCACACUCCUUAUUCUGGUCCUUCUCAAGUCAUGGUUGGAGAUGGUACUCUUCUCUCAAUUAAAUCUACUGGUUCCUCUAUCCUUCCAACAACUUCUAAGCCUCUUCUCUUAAAGAAAGUUUUAUAUGUUCCGUCCCUUGCUAAAAAUCUGCUCUCUAUUCAACGCUUAUGUGCUGAUAAUAAUUGUCUUAUUGAAUUUACUAACUCUGGUUUUUUUGUCAAGGACUUGAAGACCAGAACACUGUUGCUCCACUGUAACAAUUCUGGGUCUCUUUAUCCUCUACGUGUCGCUCCAUCUGCCUCCUCCAUCUUUGGUCUCUUUGCUAAAAGUCCUAUUUUACAUGGAAACAGUCAUCCUACUUCACCUAAUUUGCAGCAUCACAUUUCAAAUAGGAGUCUUCAAACUCCUUUGAAUCACGAGAAUAUUUCCAGCCUUUCUCCUUCUUCACCAGGCACUCCUUCUCCUUCCCAUUCUCAAUCACCUUUUGAUCACGUAACUUCUAAUAACCAACCUAUUGUAUCCGCUUCGAGUUGCUCCUCUCUCUCUCCUAUUGCCCGUGAUUCUUCAUCUCAUGCACAUUCUACACCAACUCUUUCUUCACCCGACAAUUUUCAAGUAUCUCGCACACAAUCAACAACUGUACAACCUCAAAUUCAUCAUAUGACUACUCGCUCUAAAACAGGGUCUCUCAAGCCACGCAUUCUUCCUUCCUUGAUGGCUUCUACAUGUCCCAUUUUAUCUGAACCGUCCUCCUUUGCUCAAGCUUCUAAAGACACUCGUUGGAUGCAAGCAAUGAGUUCUGAAUUCGAUGCUCUCAUUCAAAAUAAAACUUGGACUUUGGUGCCUCCUCCUCCUAAUGCAAAUAUUGUUGGCAACGAAUGGGUGUUUCGAAUCAAAGUUUGUGCAAAUGGCUCCGUUGAAAGAUUUAAAGCUCGUCUGUUGAAAGAAGUUCAUCAACUCCUAUUUCACAAUCCCUUUUUGCAGAAAGUCCAAAUAGAGAUUUUAAUAAUUCCUCUGAACACUAUUUUGGCAAAGUCUCAUUUCACCCUUCAAACCAUUUAUGUUCUUUUUCAUGCAACUCUGAAUUCAGCCCAAAACUCAAUAAUCUUCGCCGAAAAUCGUUUCGGAGAGCUCAAUCUGAUGGGAAUUUAA